AUGCACUUGAGCAGUGCAAACAUGGCUGCACUCUGGCUCGAUCUCUGGCAUGGCACCUUUGACUGUGCUACGAGUGACAAUCGAAGCACUUGGACCUGGGCUGUCCUCAAGGACAAUGCUACUUGGGAAGCCCAUGGUCGUGCUGUUGCUGCAUGUAAAAUUGGUCUACUGAUGUAUCUACCUGGUUUGUUUGACGUCGCACCUCAUGACCCAAGUCUGCACUUGAACUCCUGGUACAAGGCAACUGAAUACAUCACCUGGAUAUAUGGUUUAUGCCCAGCCCUACUUUACAACAUGUUACCCAAAAUCCCUUGGAGAAACUUCUGUAAAUUUGUUGCUGGACUUCACAUCAUGUCCCAAUACAGUAUCACCCCCAUGCAACUAUGGCUUGCCUGUCAACUCCUCAAUGAAUGGGAACCUGAGUUUGAACAGAUAUUUUAUCAGCAGCACAUUGACCACAUCCCAAUUAUCUGUCCAUGUGUCCACCUUACUUGCCAUCUUGCUUCUGAAGUGGCACAUGUUGGCUUGCCAAUUUAUUCCUCUCAGUGGACCAUGGAGAGGACAAUUGGCAAUCUUGGCCAAGAGAUUCAUCAGCCAUCUGAUCCUUUCUCCAACCUUGCACAACAGGGCAUCCGAUGCUGUCAAGUGAACACUUUGAAGGCCAUGAUCCCACAUCUUGACCCCCCCAAGAAUAAAAACCCACAUGCAUCCACUGAUCUUUGCAACAGCUUUGUCCUUCUUGCCAAACAUGACAGAAAACCAAUUAUACUUCGAGGAGAAGAGGCAAGAGUCAUUGCAGCAUAUCUCAGACUGCCCCAAACACCUAAGGUACAGCAUUGGGCAUGCCUUCAGUUGCCCAAUGGCCAGAUUGCCAGAAAUUUCUGUGGUUCAGUCAGUCGUUGCAAUGGUUCCCCACUGUCCUGUGGUACAUGGAGUCAUGGAGGAUAG